AUGAUUUCGGGUCGAGAGAAUCUUUGCGACAUGACUCAAUGGAAUCGAUCGUAUCAUUGGAAAGCCAUAUUAAAUCCUAGUCAGCAACAAGUCAAAGCUUGUGGUUGGAAUCAUGAACAAACUCUCCUUGGAUACCAAUUAGGGAAUGGCCAUGCAGUCACGUCUUUGAAUAGCGGAGUGAUGGAAAUGCCAAUCAUGAUGGAUUCGGAAUAUCGAGUGGAUCAUGACCUCGAUGGAGAUGUUCCAAUGAAAAAUUGUUAUCAUGAUGAAUGUAUUGGAAAUGAUAAAUAUGGAAAAGCAUGUAUUUUCAAUGCAAAAUCAAAGAAUGUCAGUUAUUUGGAAAUGUCCAGAGUCAAGUUAAUAGCUGGAUAUUUGGGAUAUUGUUUUAUAGUGAACGAGGCUGGUCAGGUGUAUGCACGAAGACCGGAAAAGUGUUCACCAGUAACUUUUCGUGAAUAUGAUUCUGAAGAAGAUGAAUUCAUUGAAGUUGAUCCAAAUAUUAGUAGAAUUGAAUGUGGUCCAUUUCAAGCGUUGUUUUUAGACUCGAGCUCAGGAAGAGUAUUCAAAUUGAAGGAUGAUUGUGGAGAUUGUUUUUCAUGUGAAAUGAUCCAUUAUUUUGUAGAUAGAAAUGAAAAAGUGUUACAAAUUGCAUGUAGCGAGCAUGGAUGUUGGUUUGUCACACUAGACCAAAAUGGAACACAAAAUUUUUAUACCUAUGGAGAUACAAUCACAACUUUUGGCAUGGAAAUUGGAACACGUGCGCAAUUUACGAUCUAUGAAAAUGAAUUUCUAAAAUCGUCAACAAUUGUUCAAAUUCAAAGAAGAUAUGGAAUUGGAAUUAUUUUAUUACAAGAUGGCCGCUUAUUUGGAGUUUCUUCUCAACGAAGAAAAUUCACUGAAAUGAAUCGAUCAAAAAUUGAUGAUACCAAUGAAAUCAUUCAAAAGGUCAUGAUUGGAAGUAACUUUAUUAUUGCCUUAAUUUCACGACGUGUGUGUAAUGAAUCAAGAGUGCUUUUAUGGGGAGAUUUAGGACAUUCCAAAUGGUCCUUCAGCUCCACCAUUAUACCAUUGCAAGCAAUUCCCACUGAAUUACCUUUUCAACCUCAACACACCAAUGAAUAUAUUACGGAUAUUAGUUGUGGACUGAGACACCUCAUGCUCACAAGUUCACACGGAUCACUCUAUUCCAUGGGGACCAAUACUCAAGGACAGUUAGGAAAUGGUACACCUUUUGAUUCAUUCUUACAACCUACUUGUACGGACCUAUCUCUUCAAGAGAAUGAGUUUAUUUCCAAUAUUUAUUGUUAUCACUUUCAUUCGUGUGUUGUGAUUGAAAAGGUGAAUUCACGACUGAUUGGUUUUUUCAGAAAUGUUCAAAAUUCAGUACGAAUGCGUGCCUUCUCGGAUUGCUGCAUUCUUCUAUCAAGUCAUUAA